AUGUUUGAAUCUUUAGUUGCUAAUCUCUUGAAUAGAUUUUUAGGGUCUUAUGUUGAAAAUUUCGACUCAAAACAGUUGAACAUUGGAAUAUGGAGUGGAGAUGUAAAGUUAAGAAACUUGAAGCUAAAGAAAGAAUCUCUUGACAAAUUUAAAUUGCCAGUAGAUGUCAAAUGCGGCUAUAUUGGUGAACUCACUUUACAGAUUCCUUGGUCAAAUUUGAAAUCCAAACCAGCAAAAGUAAUAAUAGAAGAUGUUUACGUAUUGGCAUCGCCAAUUAUACUGCAAAACUACGAUUUAAAUGAAGAAAACGCUAGGGAGCAACAGUUGAAAAGAGAACGAUUAAAGGACUUGGAGACUAUAGAGCAAGCAGCUGCACAAAAUGAGAGCCUUGCUGACGACAUGAAUAAGAAUGAAUCCUUCACUGAAUCCUUAAUUACAAAAAUUAUUGACAACCUCCAAGUUACGAUAAAAGAUAUUCAUGUCAGAUAUGAGGAUGAUUCAGUAUAUACCGAAACCCCUUAUGCUAUCGGUCUCACGCUUAAUGAGUUGUCUGCAGUUUCUACAGACGAAUCAUGGCUGCCAAGUUUCAUAUCAAUAACACAAGUAUUUUUAAGAAAGUUGCUUACAUUGAAAAAUUUGAGCUGUUAUAUGAAUACAGAAUCCUCUAGUAUUUAUACCGAAGAUCAGGCAAAAUUACUCGCUAUAUUUAAAGAAUUCAUAGUCACAGAAAAUAAUCUUCAGGAUCUGCAAUUUCUUUUGAAACCCGUUUCAGGAACUGGAAAGUUAACAAUUCAUAAGACAGGCUCAACUGAAACAGUACCUCAUAUUAAAGCGGAGCUUUUUUUCAAGGAAUUUGGAGUGGAGCUAGACUCUCAGCAGUAUCGUGAUAUAUUGUGGACGGCUUCGAAAUUUCAUUGGUACAUGAAAACACAAAAGUUUCGUAAAUUUAGGCCAACAGUCCCAGCCCAACAAGAUCCAAAGGGAUGGUUCAGAUAUGCUGCCAAUUCUAUUUUAAAUGAAAUACAUGAGAAAAACUACAAAUGGAGCUGGGAAUAUUUCGCCAAAAGAAGAGACCAAAGAAAGGCUUAUAUUGCUCUAUGGAAGCUCAAAAUUCGUAAAAAACCUCUUUCAACUUCUCAGCAAGCUGAGCUCGAAAAUUUGGAAGAAGAAUUACCUUUUGAAGACAUUAAGUUUUACAGAUCGUUAACGAAGAAUGAAAUACGUAAAGAAACUUCCUUGUCUGCUGCCACAUCAGCUUCUACUCAGAAUUCCGGAAAUAUUCAAUCCAAUAAAGCAAGUGAUGGUGGCGGUUGGCUAUCAUAUUCAUAUUGGUGGGGUAAUGGAAAUAAUAAAGAUCAGAAUCACGAUGCUGAAAAUGACAAUCUGGACUUAAAACUCAGCGAUGAGCAACGCAAGGCUUUAUACGAUGCAAUUGAUUAUGAUGACAAGCAAGAGUUGGUAGACUCAAUAAGUCUACCUAGAGAUCGUGUCAAAUUUGAAGUACUUGCUUCCUUAGAGCGUGGUGGCUUAUCUAUUAGGCCCAAAAAGCAUGAAGAUAACUUGGCUGAGAUCAUUUUCGAGGGCUGCAAUGCUACUUAUUAUCAGAGACCAGAUUCAUUUCUUGCAAAUUUCCAAUUACAAGAAUUCAGAGUUGAGGAUGGUACUAAAAAGACGAUUUACAAGCACAUAGUAAGUGUGAAACAUUUGCAUUCAAAUUUUCAUGAGGAAGAGGAGCCCAAAGACCAUGACGAUCCAUUUUUCCAAGUUUCGUAUGAGCAGAACCCGCUUGAUAAUAGUGCUAAUUCCGCUCUCCUUGCUAAGCUUAGAUCCAUGACAAUAUUCUACAAUCCAGUAUUCAUAGAAGAAGUUGUGAAAUUUUUCACUCCUCCGAAAGCUCACUUAGAUACUGUUGGGGCGAUUAUGAAUGCGGCUGAGGCAACUGUAGAAGGAAUUACAGAGCAAACUAGAAUUGGUUUACAAUACGCUUUAGAGGAACAUAAGACAAUAAAUGCAAAGUUAGACUUGCAGGCUCCAUUAAUAAUUCUACCCUUAGACCCGACUUCUUUUGAGUCAUCUGUGGCUAUCUUGGAUGCUGGUCAUAUAAGUGUUACUAGUAGCUUAGUUGAGCAGUCAAAGAUUGAUCAGAUUAAGUCUAAACAGAGCUAUAGUGCUGACGACUGGAAGGAAUUAAAUACGUUAAUGUAUGAUCAAUUUAGUCUUAGACUCCAAGAUGCCCAGUUUUUUGUUGGCCCCAAGAUUAAAACUACAAUGGAACAAUUACAUGACGAGAAUGGAGAUAAGCCGUCGUUAGUGUUGAACAAAUUAAACAUAAAGUUAAUGCUUGGGAUUUCUAUUUUGCCAGAUGCAUAUCAUUUAGCAAAAUUCAAAGUAGGUGGAGAAGUACCUGAGAUCAGUUUGGCAUUGAAUGAUUUUCAGUACAAGACAAUAAUGCUGAUUAUCGAUGUCGCAAUCCCCAAAUUUGAAGAUAUAGAAUCAGAUGACAGCAGUAUAUUCAAUGCUUUUGGAAAUCAACAUGGAGCAUCCAUUGACUCCAUUGACUCAGACAGCGAUGAGAGAUCCCUUUUUGAAAAUAAGAGCUCAAAACAAAAUGAUCUAUCUAAUCAGCAACAUAUCUUUGAGUUCAAUUUUAUUGUGACGCUAGUUCGAAUGUCACUUUCAAGAUGUGUUGAUGGUGUGACGUUGGAGGCUGAACCAUUGGUGGAUUUGAUUGGAGAUUCAUUAGAUUUGAACUUUUAUAAUACUGCGACGCAGAUGAACCUUGAGAUGACAGUAAAAGACAUAAAUCUUUUAGAUCAUAUAGAAAAAUCUGGAGUCCCUGAAUUUGAAAAGUUGAUAUCAUCCAAUAAUUUUAUUGAUGAUGAAGAAAGAAAAGAAAAGGACUUAUUCAAACUUAAUUAUAAAAGGAGCCAAAGAGUGGUAGAUUUCAACUCUAAUGAAAUUGAAAUCUUUGAUCAAGAUAUAACCAUUGAUCUUGCUACAGUGAAAUUUGUCAUAUCACGUAAGUCCUUGUUGAGUAUAUUGAAUUUUAUCUUGAAUACAUUUACUGAUCCGAAUGCCGAACCAACUCCAGCUGAUGAACUCAAGCAUAAUGAUUCGACGAAUGAUGAGGAGGCUCCCCAAAAAAUAAAUGUUGAUAUUAAAUUGGACAGUAUUAUCAUGGUUCUCAACGAUGACGGUAUAAAGUUGGCAACUUUGGAAUUAAGUACAGCUAAUAUAAAAACAUUCAUAGUUCCAGAACUGUUGGAAGUUUGGGGAAAACUCGGAGCCUUAUCGUUACAUGAUGAGACUAACCAAGGAACCCCGGACAAUUCUUUAUUGAAAAAUUUAAUAGCAAUGGAAGGGGAUAAUUUGGCAGAAUUUAGAUAUAAAACGUUCGAUAAAGAAACUAAUUCGGAUCCCUAUACAGCUUUAGUUGAGUUCAAGACCGGUUCUCUUAUUAUCAACUUCGUUGAAGAUUCCUUAAAUAAGAUUUUAAACUAUUUAAAUCAGUUCCAGCGGAUGAAAGCCAUAUAUGACAGUGCAAGAGAGGCAGCUAUAAAUCAGGCCAGCCAAAUAGAGGGAGCUAAUAAUAUAAAGUUUGAUGUUUCUAUUCAUGCUCCUACAAUAGUUUUCCCAAAAUUGAAUACAGAUGCAGACAAUAAAUAUGAUGAAAUAACUGUCUCUUUGGGCGAGCUUUAUGCUUCUAAUGAGUUUAAGGUCGAUUCUUCACACCACAAGAACAUCAUUACGACUGGUAUUCGCAAAGUUAGCGUUCUCUCAGAAUUUUAUUUUAAAGACGCUAUUCAAUCGUCUGAAAUUCUCCACGAUUUGGAUGUUUCAUUCAAAAUAGACUAUGCAGAGGAAUAUGUCAAAAAUGAGCCUACGAUAAAGGUAGUAGGUAAAAUGCCUGAAAUCAGCUUGAGCUUAACAGAAUUGCAAGUAAACUACCUUAAGUCUCUUUCUGAAUCAAUCACUCGGGUAUUCACGUUUGACCCAGAAGAAGUAAUGACCGAUAUUGAAGCCGAUGCAAUCAAUGCUAACGCAGUUGUCAGACAUAACGUCUCAGGAGUUCAGAGUAGUGAAACCAUUUCUAAUAGCCCACAACAGGAAACAAAAGAUGAUAAGAUUCCAGACGACCAUACAAAGGUAGACCUUUCAUUUGAGCUUCCAAUGCUCUCGGUGUCUCUUUUUAACAAAACAUUUGGUUUGGCCGACUUCAAUUCUCAGUCUCUCUCUGAAAUGAACUUAGGAGGCUUGAAAGCUUCUUUCUGUAUGGAAGAAUGUGGCAAUUUUACUUCUGAUGUUACAGUUAACUCAUUAACUGUCAGGGAUAUUAGGAAGGGAACGAGUAAUAAGUUUAGAGAAAUUAUUCCACUGACUAAUAAUGGAAAGGAUCAGUUCGUGGUCUCGUCGUCUUCAAGUGGUUCUGCUAAAGCGAAAUCUAUUACUAUCAGUGCAGCUGUAGAUAGCCCAAGGACUAUUCUUGCUAUUGAUUGGUUAAUUGAGUUGCAAGGAUUUUUUGAUAAAAGUUUCGCAUCUAAUGCAUCCCCCAAAUCACAUCCUAACGAAGAUGCUCGCAAUUUGGAUAUGGUUUCGUCUCGUAGGAGCUCUGUUGAGGCUAACACUAAACCUAAUGAUACGACUGCUCCGAAUAUCGGAUUUUCAGUUGACAUAAAGGAACCUUCCGUAACUAUUUUGGCAGAUCCAUGUGACGAAAAAACUGAAGCAAUUGUAUUCAAGGUGGAACAAAUACAACUAACAAGCCAGAAUAUUUUAUCUCUAGCCGCAAGCAAUAUUGGUAUGUUUUUGUGCACAAUGAAUGACUUUGAUAAUAUGAACUAUAGAAUAAUCGAUGAUUUCUCAAUCUCCCUCGCCCAUGACUCAAGAAAUUCAACUCCUACUAAACUUCUUACUAAUGUUCAAGCUUCUGUUGACCCAUUAUUGUUGAGAGUUUCCUUAAGAGAUAUUAGGCUCGCCCUAAUGAUAUUUAAUAAAGCAACGGAUUACUAUAAAGUUUCCCAGGGUCUCUCUAAAGAAGAUGAUGAUAACGAAUAUAAUUUCACAGAAGAGUUCAAGAAAAGAUUGGCCCAUUAUGCCCCUUCAAUCUUGACGACCUUUACAGAAGAACCAUCAAAGAGUAGGCAUGACCUGACUUCGAGUCUUUCAGAGACAGAAGUUGUUGUCAAAGGUGAAGAAUUUAAUGCUUCUAUUGGUGGACUAAGGUUUGUCUUGAUAGGAGACGUCCACGAGUUGCCUGUCCUUGAUAUGAGGGUAAAUCCAUUUGAUAUAAGAGCAGUUAAUUGGUCCACUGAUUUAAGUGCCGAAUUGCACGUUGAGUCAUUUGUUAAUAUAUAUAAUUAUUCAUGUUCUACCUGGGAGCCUUUGGUUGAACCGUGGCCGAUCUCAGUGUAUGCAUCGAAAACAUUACCGCCAACUCAAAGUGUGGUUAUUGAUGUGGUAUCUAGACAAUCAGCUGAGAUAACAAUAUCUUCUCGUUCUAUAGCUUUGAUGUCUCAAGUCUUCUCAUUGAUCACAACGGAACAGAAGUUGAAGCCUCGAGGUGAAGAUAGUCCAUAUAAAGUCGUCAAUGAAACUGGAUAUGAGAUUGAAAUAUGGACAGAUCAAGGUAGUGGAAGCAAAUCGCGUGUCAUUAAACCUAACGAAGUAGCACCUUGGGCUUUUGAAUCUUGGACUGAGGUGCGUAAAAAUCUCGACACAGACAAUGAAGAUGGUAUCUUUGGUAUUCGUUUGAAAGACUCUCCAUUUGAAGAUGUUGGCGGAAUAUCUGCGAUGGGAGAAGGGGAAGAGAUCUUUAUGUUGUCUCCGCCAAUUAAGGGGGUGCAUAGUAGGCUAUCUUGUGAGAUCACGUUAGGGGACGAUAAAGUUAAAACUAUUUGGUUGAAAUCGACAGUAAAAAUACAAAAUGAUGCAAAUUAUGCUAUUGCUGUUAGUCUUGAACAUGACGAUCAAACGAACUCUGUGGAAAUGGUUAUCGAUGCUGAUAAGACAAGAGCUCUUCCAAUUGAUGCUGUUUACAGUGGAUCAAUUAGAAUAAAGCCACAUAUAGAGACAGCUUACGCCUGGUCUGAUGAGAAAUUAUUUUUGAGAAACCUGCCGGAGGAUGCUCCCUUGAGAUGCGCUUCUUUGGAUCCUGGUGAUAAGACGUCAUAUUUUUAUCAUGCAGAGACGGUUUACGAUAAAAAUGAGCCCUUGGCUCGAAUUUAUCCACAUCUUAAAUUAAUCAUAUCGGCACCAUUGCAGGUUGAAAAUUUGCUUCCUUUCGAUAUAUCUUACCGUUUAUAUGAUAAAAGCUCCAAGAAAGACUGGAGUGGGACCAUUGAAAAAGGAAUUAAUAGCUAUAUUCAUGUUGUCAGCUUAAAGAGCCUUCUUUUGCUAAGCGUCACACCAAAAGGAUGCAACUUUGGAAAAUCUGAUUUUGCAAUUAUUAAUGCUCCUAGCAGUAGUGAAUUCAAGAGGGAAAAUAUUUUGACACUCAGGAAUAAAGACGGUCAACUUUUAAAGCUAAGGAUUCAUUAUCCAAAGAAUACUCAAGAGAGUGCUGGAAUAAAAGUAAUUGUUUAUUCUCCUUAUGUUAUUCUUAAUAGAACGGGCCAAAAUAUAACCGCUAGUGAGAGGGGUAAUCAAAUGAUUUCGAUUGGAAAAUCUUCUUUUAAUCCAGUCACUCCAAGCUUAUUUUCUUUUGAUAGGCAUGGAGAUAGAAGAAAUAGAGCUUUAUUGAAGAUAAAUGAUUCGACGUGGACUCCGCCAUUAAGUUUUGACGCCAUUGGGCAGUCCAUUGAAACCAAAGCUCAAGUAUCAGGUAAACAGGCCGAAAUAAAUGUGGGAAUAACAGUUUUGGAGGGUGAGGGUAAGUAUAAUUUAACAAAAGUGGUUACUAUUGCACCCAGAUAUGUUAUACGGAACACCCUAGAUGAAGCCAUUCAGAUAGUCGAGAAUGGUUCAACAAGACAAACCGAAUUGGAGCCAAACAAGUUGGUUCCGUUGUAUGGCUUACUUCGGACAGAGAAGAAGAGCAUGAUGUUAAAAUUUUCGCAUUCUUCAAAAACUUGGUCUUCUCCCUUCGCCCUUGAUGAUAUUGGGCAACUUUUUAUUAAAGUAUAUAAAGAAGACAUCGGGCAAGUACUUCUAAAGGUUAAUAUCUUGAUUGAAAAUGCUACAAUAUUCAUUCAAGUUGAAAAUGCCAAUAAUAGUUGGCCAUUUUCCAUUCGUAAUUUCAGUGAAUCAGAAUUUUAUAUUUAUCAAAACAACCCAAAUGUUAACGCAAAUGGAGAAGUUGUUAAAAGUGACAUUGACUAUAAGCCAAUCUACUAUAAAAUUCCACCAAAGAGUGUUAUGCCUUAUGCUUAUGACUAUCCAAAUGCCGUUGUCAAAGAGCUCGUUAUUAGAUCGCAUGGAAGGGAAAGAUCUGUGAAUUUAGCAGAAAUCGGAAAUUUGAAGCCAUUUAGAUUACCCCCUACAGACAAUGCUGAUCAGGAAAUUGUUGAUUUGAAUGUAGUUGCUGACGGUCCAACACAAUCUUUAAUCAUCACUAACUACGAUCCAUCAGUUAGCUUGUAUAAGCUUCAAAGCAAAUCUAAUUCAACUGCAACUGUUUCCCAGCAAUUUGAAGCAACAGAAGAGGAUGAAAAUUAUCAUACGAGAUUGUUGACUAAGUUUGAAGGAUUUGGUAUUUCAUUGAUUAACGCCCGAAACCAAGAAUUAUGUUAUGUGACGUUAAGAGGUUUAGAGGUUCGUUAUAAUGAGUCAGAUUUGUAUCAGAACUUGAGUAUUAAACUAAAAUGGAUUCAGAUUGACAAUCAGUUAUAUGGUGGAAUCUUCCCAAUCGUUUUGUAUCCUACUGUUGUUCCAAAGUCCGGCAAGGAGAUGAACAAUCAUCCAUCUUUUUCGGGAUCCGUCUCAAGAGUAAAGGAUGACUCACAUGGAGUUUUGUUUAUCAAGUAUGCCACCAUCUUGUUGCAAGAAAUGACGAUAGAGAUUGAUGAAGACUUCUUAUUUGCAUUGAUAGAAUUCUCGAAGAUUCCAGGUGCAAGCUGGAACAAUGAACAAGUUGACGUUCUUUGUGACUAUCAUUUAGAAUUACCUGAACCAAAGUCUUUAUCUGAGAGAAGUGAUAUCUAUUUUGAAGCCUUGCACUUGCAACCCACUUUGACUAAUUUGUCUUUUGUUAGGACGGAAAGAGUGAAUGCAGAGAACAGGGUAGCGUCUUCCCAAAACACUCUCAUGUUCUUCUUCAAUGUAUUAACGAUGGCUAUUGGAAAUAUUAACGACGCACCAAUAAAGCUAAAUGCCUUAUUUAUUGAAAACAUUAGAGUUCCUAUACCUAUUUUGAUAGAAUCAAUCAAGACUCACUAUGGACAGUCCUUUUUCUAUCAAGUUCACAAGAUUUUGGGCUCUGCAGAUUUUCUCGGUAACCCAGUUGGAUUAUUUAAUCAAAUAUCAUCUGGUGUUUUAGAUAUCUUUUAUGAACCUUACCAAGGAUUUGUCAUGAACGAUAGGCCCCAAGAAUUGGGUAUUGGCAUUGCUAAAGGAGGAUUGAGUUUCUUGAAGAAAUCCAUUUUUGGGUUUUCAGAUUCUUUUGCAAAAGUCACAGGCUCUCUUGCAAAAGGAUUGUCGGUUGCUACGCUUGACACAAAGUUCCAAGAACGUCGUCGUCUAAAUCAGCACCGCAAUAAACCAAAGCAUGCACUCUAUGGAUUCGCAUCCGGAGCCAAUUCCUUCUUCGAAUCCAUUUCAUCAGGAGUUACAGGUAUCGCAACAGCACCUAUUGAAGGUGCCAACAAGGGUGGAGCAUCUGGUUUUUUCCGUGGAAUCGGAAAGGGCGUCGUCGGGCUACCUACAAAAACUGCCAUUGGUUUCUUUGAUUUGGCAUCAAACGUUAGUGAAGGUAUCCGUAAUACCACUACCGUAUUUGAUGCUGAAGGGUUAGAUAAAGUAAGAUUGCCUCGUUACAUAUCUUAUGAUCAUGUUAUCAGGCCAUACUCUCAAAGAGAAUCACAAGGUCAGUUUUGGCUCAUGUCUAUUGAUGGUGGUGUUUACUUCAAUGAGACUUAUCUCGCUCAUUUAGUAUUGCCUGGAGAGGAAAAAGCCAUUAUAGUGACUUUUAAGAAGAUACUAUUGUUUGACAUAAAUACCUUGGUCAGUGUUUGGGUGAUUUCAUAUGAUCAGAUCAAAGCAAUCUCAAUCGAUUCAACAGGUAUUACAGUAGGUUUGAAGAAGAGAGAAGGUCCAUUUAUACCAAUUCCAGAGAAGCAAAGUCGAACAUUCUUAUACGGUCGGAUUAAAAUAGCAGUUGAAGAAUUCAACAAGCAUUGUCAAGUUGUUAUAUGA